CCGUGGAGCCUCGCAAUCCCCAGUACCGUGUGCUAUACUGACGUUUAACGUCAAAGUGCUUCGUCGUCCCUCGAAUUGAUCAAUAAAUUGAGUACGAAAAUGUUCAAAUGAUGUGAGAAUUUCCGCGAUAAUCUCAAAAUGAGCAGGAUUGUGAGAAAUGCCUGUCCAGGCGGUGGUCUGUACGUCGUCGAGGGUGAGAUCAGCCUGCUGAUGACGGCUAUGCGACGAGGAGUCAGGUGGUCAUCCCAUUCUCAUCAGGAUGAGGAUCAGGAUAUUCUCAUGAAAGGGUUGUCCACUCUCAAGGAAGCCCUGAGUGAUGCCAGAAAUUUAUCGCAACUGGAACCCGGUGUCUUCCUGGCUCCAUUUCUCGAGAUCAUUCGUUCAGAGGAGACCACGGGACCUGUCACCAGUUUGGCACUUGCUGCUGUCAAUAAAAUGAUUUCCUAUGGUCUUAUAGACCAUGAGCAUCCGACAAUUGGGCCCUGCGUGGAGACAAUAGCAGACGCCGUUACCCACGCCCGUUUCGUAGGUACCGAUGCCUCAGGGGACGGGGUUGUCCUAAUGCGAAUCCUCCAAGUCCUUCGCACCCUAGUGCUCUCCCCAGCGGGCGACUAUCUCUCCGACGAGAGCAUCUGCGAAAUAAUGCUCAGCUGCUUCAGAAUAUGCUUCGAAACACGAUUGAGCGAACUCCUACGUAAAACCGCUGAACACUGUCUUCGUCACAUGUGUCAGCAUCUCUUUGUACGACUGCCCCAUUUCGCAGAUGACACCCGAGUCCUUCCGAAUAUGAAGAAGAUGCGCACGAAUGGCAUUGAAAAUUCUCGAGGCAAAAAUCGAAAGAUAAAGAAUCAGUUCAAGCAAAAAGUCAAUCCCAAUCCUCAGGAAGUCGACGAGACUGAGACGAAGGAACUGUUGAGCCCAGUGGAUCGAGUGCGUGCAGGUCACCUAGCAACGACCCCGGUGACCCCAGCCGGCAACAUCGUUGACAUGCAGGGAUCUCUGAACCACAGCACUCCGGACAAGCCAGAGGACGAGAAGCCCCCAAAAACCGAGGAUUCAAAGUCUGAAGGCCCUUCUGCCCCUUCAGACAGUACUGAAGGUGAAUCAAAGCCCCAAGAGGAAGUUCCUCCCCCUCCAGACGCGCCUGGAUCUCCAGAGAUACCAGAAAGAGAGGCUGAAAAAUCGGAAGCAUCCCCAGAGAACCCUGAGGAAAUUCGAGAACCUGCGGGACCAGAAGUCACAGCAGAACCUCCACCACAAAUCGCCGGGGAAAAGAGCCCUGAGUUGGUCCAAUCUCCAUCAGGAAGUGUAGAGGACCUCUCAGUCGAGGAUAGCGCCAGUAUUACCACUGAAAUGAAAGUGCCAACGAUCAAAGUUGACACCGAACACCUAGAGGAAUACGUGAAUCAGCAGGGAGUUCGUUUCACUCCUCUCCAACAACUAUCCCCCUACGGUGCCCUCUGCAUUCGCGAACUGUUUCGAUUUCUCGUGUCCCUCUGCAAUCCCCUGGACAAGCAGAACACAGAGGUGAUGACCCAUCUGGGUCUUUCCCUGCUUCAAGUCGGUCUGGAGAUAUCCGCUGAUGCCUUAGCCAAUUUUCCCUCCCUAAUUUCCCUGGUGAAGGACGAACUGUGUAGGAAUUUGAUACUCCUCUUGAGCACCGAGAGGCUGUCAAUCCUGGCAGCAGAUCUUCAAGUCUCCUUCCUGCUCUUCGAGUCUCAGCGAGAGCACUUGAAAUUCCAGCUGGAGCACUACAUUCUGAAGCUGAUGGACAUCGUGAACUCAGACUCCAACAGGAUAUCAUACGAACAGAGAGAGCUUGCGCUGGAGGCAAUCACGAGGCUCUGGAGAAUUCCAGGUAUGCCAGCAGAGCUCUAUCUAAAUUACGACUGUGGUCUUUACUCCAGUAAUCUGUACGAGGAUCUAAUGAAAAUGCUGGCUGAGCACGCCUCGGCUCUCAUGGGCACCAUGUACAGUAUGCAAUUCAUCUCCCUGGAUGCGAUAAUCCAGUUAAUCGGUGGUAUCGAAGCCAGAUGUAAGGGUUACAAGGACCUCUGCAAGUCUUCACGUCAUUCAGCAUCGGCCGAUUUACCGUCGAGGGAACAACUGAUGAUAACGAAAGCCAAUAAACGCUGGUUGGCUCUUGGUACUGAGAAAUUCAACGAGAAUCCUAGAGAAGGAAUCGCCAAGCUGAUGGAACACGGCCUCCUUGGGGAUGUCGCUGGUGAGCCGGAUCCGGAAAAAAUUGCAAAAUUACUGCGGGAGAAUCCAAUGAUGGAUAAGAAAGCCAUUGGCGAGUACAUAAGUCGAAAAGAGAACAAAAAUAUAUUGAAUUGUUUCGUUCAGAACUUUGAUCUGAGAGACACACGAGUGGAUCAAGCCCUGCGAUCCUAUCUGGAAUCCUUCAGGCUUCCAGGGGAAGCUCCUCUGAUAUCUCUACUCCUCGAGAAAUUCGCCGACCACUGGCACGACAGCAACGGCCGACCCUUCGCCUCCGCUGACGCAGCUUUCACUCUAGCUUAUGCUGUGAUAAUGCUGAACGUCGAUCAGCAUAAUUACAAUGCCAAGAGGCAGAGUAAUCCUAUGACAGCUGAUCAGUUCAAGAGAAAUCUGAAGAAGGUUAAUGGCAAUGCUGAUUUUGAUCAAGACAUGCUAGACGAGAUCUACACCUCCAUAAAGAAUGAGGAGAUUGUCAUGCCAGCUGAGCAGACAGGACUGGUGAAGGAGAACUAUCUUUGGAAGGUCCUGUUGAGGAGGGGAUCGUCGGCAGAGAGUAGAUACCUGAGAGUUGGUAAUGAUGGGGAGUUUGUGGAUAAGGAUCUGGCUGAGAGGGCCUGGGCCCCAAUAAUCAGUGCUCUGUGCCGUGCUUACGAUAAAGCACCAGAUCGUGCCCUUCAACGGCGAGUUGCCCAAACGUUCCUCUGCUGCGCAGCCAUCAGCGCUCACUAUAGCAUGAACAGUGAUCUCGACACUCUGAUUGUCUCACUGUGCAAAUUCACAGGUUUGGCAACUGGAGGGGAGCCUGAUCAGAUUGUUCUUCAUCUUGGGGGAAGUGGCAGGUGCCAACUGGCAGCUAGAACCCUCUUCAAGAUCACCCACUCCCAUGGGAAUGGGAUCAGGGCUUCCUGGAAGAACAUUAUCGACUGCAUGCAGACUCUCUACAAGGCGAGGCUGCUACCUCAAUGUCUGACUGAUGGUGAGGACUUUAUUGAUUCUUCGGGGAAGGUGUCGUUGAUCAGGGAGCCUGCUACACCGAAACAGCCACCACAGGAACAGGGGAUUUUGUCCAGUUUGUACUCAUAUAUUGCCCUGGAUACCACUAGGGUGCCUCAUCCUGCUGAGGCGACCACCAGAAAACGAGCUACUGAUUGCAUUGCCAAUUGUAAUUUGAAGCAGAUUAUUGAGGAGUCCAAAUUUCUCGAGGUUGACUCAUUGAGGUCUCUAGUCGGUGCUCUGGUGUCGGUAAACUCUCACGACGAAGACAUCUCCGUUUUUCUUUUGGAGCUUCUCCUCGAAGUGACGAUACAGAAUCGUGACAGAGUGAUGAGUAUUUGGUCGAUUGUUCUCGCCCACAUGGACGGACUAUUGACAACAGCUGCUAGAGAAAACCACCCCUACCUCCUGGAGCGAGUGACUGUGGGAAUGUUGAGAUUAGCAAUUAGAUUACUCCGCAGUGAGGAAUUUGCGUACACAGUUCUGCCCCCGUUGAUGCCACUCACCCAUCUCCAGUCAGCAACGAUGGCACCUCUUGCCAGACAAAUAGCCUUUGGUCUCUUUGAGCUGCUGAAAACAGGUGCUGCUAAUAUUCACACUUCCGACGACUGGAGAGUGGUUUUCAGUCUGUUAGAGUGUUCGGGAGCUGGUGCACUGGUCCCCAAGCAGCAAGGUAAUACAGUACUGGAGGAGACGUCGAGAACAUCUGUCCUGGAUCAGCGGCCGAUAUCUCCAGUGCCUGAAUGGGUGUUGGUGUCCCCAACAGGCACCGAAGCACCACUACCAGUGGCAGCAGACACUAUAGUCCUUGAUAGGGAUCUCCUCCCUCAUGAUCCAGCAGCCUUAGUCAAGUGCUGCGAGAGUCUGACAUUCCUAGUCCGCGAUGUUGCUCACGUGACGCCAUUUAAUUUUGAAUUGUGCAUAAGGUGCAUCAGGACACUUGCUGAAGCUGUCCUGCAGGCACCAACGAAGAGAGUGAGAUUGUCUCCAGGGGCGAUGGAGACACCGGGCUAUCAGGAGUGUCCGAUACAGCUGUUGGAGCUCAUGCACACGUUACAUACGAGAACAGCGCAGGUGUUUAGGUGGUGGGCAGAGGAGAAUGGCAGUACGGAGACAAUAUCACUCUGGCCACACGCUUGGAGGCCACUUCUUCAGGGAAUAGCCAGACUCUGUUGUGAUUCUCGAAGACCUGUACGAGCUGCUGCCAUUACGUACCUGCAGAGCACACUCCUAGCACAUGAUCUAAGUCAACUGUCAGCUGUGGAGUGGUCCCAAUGUCUUGAGCAAGUUCUUUUUCCACUUCUUGCUCAACUGCUGGGGCCUAUCUGUGGAAAUGAUCCUGUGGGAGUGGAGGAGACUAGGAUUCGUGCUGCCAUGCUGCUUUCAAAAGUGUUCCUACAUCAUCUGACUCCAUUGCUGACAUUACCCGGAUUUUUACCACUUUGGCUGACUGUUCUGGAUCUGAUGAGGGCCUUCAUGCAUGCUGAUAAUAGUGAACUUCUUUUUGAAGCUAUACCUGAGAGUUUGAAGAAUAUGUUGCUGGUUAUGUCCAGUACGGGGGUCCUGACAUCAUCCUCCAAUCUAUGGGAGCCAACGUGGAGGACCAUUAACAGUUUUCUUCCUAAUUUGAAGGGGGAGCUCUUCCCGGAUCCACCGAAGGUUGAGGAGGCCUCGAAAAUUGGCUCGCAGUCACCGGUUCUCAGUCUGGUGAAGGUUUCCGAUGCUGAGGGUAAUGGAGGCCUGGAGGUGGGUGCUGGCAUUCCAGUGCUCAUUCCUAGAAUGAUGGAGGAGGGAUCUUCGGAGAUGAGUCAGUCAUUACCGCCUGUGCUCUAUCCAGGAGUGCCGAACCAGGUGGAUUCUCAUGAAGGGAAGAACGAAGAUUUUGCGAGGAUUGAGGCUAACUCAGUUGUGCCUGCUCUUGCGGAGGAUGCACUACUUCUCAGUCGUUCACCUCCACACUCGACGGUGCAUCCUGUAGUGCAGCAGCAACUGAUUAAUCAGGAGAGGAUUGAGAGUGAAGACAGGUUUGGAGCACCAAGAAACUGUCAUCCUGGGUUGCAUGAGGGAGAUCGGUCCCCUCUGAGGCAGCUACCACAGCAGGAGGUCAAUCAUUUGGAGAAAUAUGAUGAGAUCGCCAGGGUUGAGCUUCCUGGAGGGGAGUGUCGGGAACAGCAGGUCAUCACCUUGCUCAGUCAACCACCUCCCAGUGUGUCCAGUCCCGUCGCUGUACAACCUACCUCACAGGGGUAUGAAUUUUAUCAUACCAGUGUCACUGGCAGUGAUCAAGAGUUCACUGGGAGGUACCACGAUGUUACCCAUGAAAUUAAAGAGGAGGCGAGGGAUUGCAAACAGGAUAUGAGCCCCAGUAAACAACCAAACCCGAUGAAUCCAUCAUCAGUACCAACAACAAUGUUCAAUUCAGCAGCAUACUUCGCUGAUGAUCCAGCUGCUGAUCGUCUCUUCGCCGUAACUAAUCCUUGACGGCUGUAUAUUUAUUAUAUAUAUUGUAACAUAUAAUUAUACCCACAGCUGUGUAUCGACGCAGUACAUUUUUUUUUAAUGAUUCAGGUGUUCAUCAAAGGAAAUUGUUCUUGUGAGGAAUUUUUAGAGGGAGAAUGAAAAAGGCAGUGAAGUGCGAAAACUCCUCAGAAUUGUAUAUUCGGCACAUGAAUAUAUAUAUAUAUGGAUAUAUAUAUAUAUAUAUUAUAAUAUAUAAUACAUCAAAAAUUA